AUGGCUCAGAAUGUUCCAAAGCUACCACGUUUUUUUGAAUCAGUAUCCUCAAAUCCGGCUGUACCACUCUAUAAGUGCAAUGCAUGUCAGAGCCGAAAUAUAGUCAAUUAUGAACGACAUUCCAAUUCUGAACCACAUAAAAUAAAUGUCGAGAGAUUGUUGGCCAAAGAGGCUGAUAAUGAAGAACUACUUGCUCCACUUUCACACGCGCCAGCUCUAUCUCCUUCAAACAACCAAUGGCCUGAAGAUGCUAUGGAAACGGAUGACGAAUCAGAUCACCUUGGCGAUUCAAUUUUAGAUGUCUUAGAACUUUUAGGACCAAUCCUGUCCGAUGAUGACAAUUCUUCAAACUCUGGGUCCGAAACUGAACAAAGACAGUUAUUAUUUCAAGCGCUCGAGAUGUUGGAUCAAGAAGACUUGGGCGAAGAAGAAGAUGAUGCUGUUUACGAAGCAAUGCUUGAUUCUGAGUUAGCUGAAGCAAAGAAAGAAGAGAGUAAAGACUAUCUAAGCUGUACAGCUUUACGUUCUGAACCAAGAUUAAAAUAUAGAUCAAAGAUACCAGCAAUAUUGGUCAAGUUCAAUCAAUUUGGAAACCGGCAGACCAAUCAGCUUCAAGAAGUUUGUUCUUGGUCAAAAAGUAAAGUUUUACAACAGCUGGAUCAAGUCGAGGCCAGCGGGCUUUCAAAUGGCCUCGACCGGGGCAAAUAA